AAAAAAAAUGAACGGAACGAUUUGGGCCUCAAAUUCUGCGGUACCACAGGCACAAAAGUGAUUAAAUGCCCCAAUUGCGUUGUCAGUGCCCCCCAGCCUCAUUUUAGCCCCCUUUUAGUGACUUUAACUGUCACAAUCUGGCGCACCUGUCCCGCUUUUUGACACUUUUUUGACAUUCGUUAAAUUUUCGUAUUUUGGAAAUCCACUCUCCUCAACAUGCCUCUCCCCAUAUAAGCCCCAUGGACCCCCACGACUCAUUCGAAAGCGCCACUGACACCGCGCCCCCCAUCCAGCUCAAACCGCGCGAUUCGCGAAAAUGCUGCUGGGUCUGCUUUGCCACCGAAGACGAAGACUUGGACGCACUGUGGGUCCAGCCGUGCAAAUGCCGCGGCACCACCAAAUGGGUGCACCAAUCGUGUCUGAAACGCUGGGUCGAUGAGAAGGAGAAGUCGGGCCAUGGGGGCAAAGUGGUGUGCCCCCAAUGCCAGACCGAGUAUAUCAUAGUCUUCCCGAAUAUGGGGCUGUUUGUCUUGUUGCUAGACACGGUAGAUGGUGUUAUUUUCCGGGGCUCGUUGUUUCUCGCAGCGGGGAUUGCGGCCAGUGCGAUUUACUGGACGGGGGUCACGUAUGGGGCCAUAACUGUGAUGCAGGUCAUAGGACACAAGGAAGGGAUUGAUUUGAUGGAGCAGGCUGACCCCCUUGUGCUCCUUUUGGGGCUUCCCUCUAUCCCGGUAGCCCUGAUUUUGGGGCGCCUGAUCUGCUGGGAAGACGCCGUUUUGAAGUUCAUGAGACGGCAUUGCCCCAAAAUCCCCAUUAUUCACAACGUACUGCCGUUCAGGGGUGAUGUCCUCCAGAGUGAUACAACGGUCGAUAAUGACCUGCCUCCAGUCAGCAGCCCUGUCUCAGCGACGCGAAUUUUAUGCGGGGCUUUACUCAUGCCUACGAUAGCGAAUUUAUUCGGAAAAUUAUUUUAUAGUUCAGUGAAAUCGAAUUUUCAUCGAACGAUUUUAGGUGGAAUUACUUUUAUCACAGUUAAGGGAUUUUUAAGGAUUUAUCAUAAACAACAACAGUACAUCCGGCAAUGCCAACGCAAGAUUUUAGACUACACUGAAGCCAAUAUUUCUACUUAUUUACAUCAUAACAGAAAUUCUGAUUAAAUUAAUUAAUAGGACAAAUAUUUUUUAUAGGUUAAUUAGUUGAGCAUUCCUUGUUUAUUUGACUUGAAUUGAUAAAUUUCGAUCAAGUGACCCGUGACGGCACGGGUCACUCGAUCACUUGUUAAACGAAAUAUUUUUGCAAGUAACCAAGACUUCAGAUUUAUUAAAAAAGCAGUUCUGUUGAAUAAAACAUUUUUAGACAAA